UGUUUAAAGAAAAUAUGGAGUCCCCAACUUCAAAUUUCAUUAAAACUGCAAGCAGUCAAUCAAAUUUUCAGCGUCGAUGCGCCUUCUGUCUGGAAACAAUAUUUGAAAGUGAAUCAAGGAAUCUUUUUGGCUGAUUUAUGUGUAAGAAUGAGCUACACUCCGAAUGAUACGGUCUAUUUGUCAAAGCAUGGAAUUUGAAUUCUCACCCCUGAGCUAUUUGCAGGACAAUGUCUUAUUGAUCUUCUAACUGUAUAUUCUGAAACCAGGUCGGAGGACUUAAAGUUCUAGUAGAUAUAACUGAUCCGCUUCAGACUGGGCAAGGAUUUAAGAGCGUGAAUCCAUCUCCUAUUAAGAUUACCAAGCUCCCUUCUCAUUAUUAUUGAUAUAAAACUUACUGUGCUUCUUUUGGAGUGAAGCCUGGGUUACAAAAUCUUGUUGAUGGAAGGGCUCCUGUUAUAUUAGAGAGAGGAGAACCCAUCCCGUGCUACAUCUGAAACAAAAAUAUGAUCCCUAGGAAUGUUCUGGACGGGAAUUGUUUUAUAAGAGGCAUCACUACAGGAUUCAACAACCAACACUAUCAGAACAGGAUAAAUUUAGAAUGAUCCUCCUGAAUAGGUCAGUACUAUGAAGACUGGAUGGAGGAGGGCAUCCUCACUCCUACAGUUUUCACUAUGAACCUAAAAAUGAUAUGGAAUAAAGAAAUAGCAUUUAGAAGACAUGCCUAUUAUAAACCCGAUUUGGAUGAAAUAGAAAAUAAGAUUCUCCAGAAAAUGAAAAAGAGGGAUCUGAAAUCCGCUAGUAUCGAGGAGGAAGAAGAAAAGGAAUUCCAAAAGUUUAGCAUACCUGCUCAAAACCUUAUAUGAGCUGAAGAUUCAGCCUCAGAUAGCAACUCAAGUGAUAGAAGAAUUGAAAUUAGAAGAGAUGGGAGGCCUAAAAGGGAAAGGAAACAAAAGUUGCAUUAUGAUGACUUAUAUCCACCAGAACAGCAAACCCCCAAAAGAAAGAAGGCAGGGAGCAAGGUUUUCAACAGACAAAAUUCAGGCUUGGAUCUCCCGCUUUUAUCUAAGAAAAGAUCCUCUCUUCGUCGCCAAAAGGUUCCAAAAGAAUUCGAAGAGAUGAAUAGUGAUGAUGAGGAGUACCAGCGAGCCAAUAAGAAGAUUGCUGAUUCUCAAGGACGAAAAUCAUGCACUUUCCUAGUGAAGAAAUAUGUUCAUAAGAUCAAGCAUUGAUUCGAUAAGCUAAAAGUUCUAUCGUCAGAUAACUAUACCAAAGAUAUUGAUAUUAGCCAUAAAGAUCUCGAGUGUACUAGGAAGAGUAAGUCCAGUGGCUACGCCUUUAUGACCUACGAUAUGGACACUGAUAAUCUGAACCUCGUCCUAUCAAGAAUUGGAGGAAAGCCAUUUAAUAGGAAAGUUAAGAGGAAAAAUCUGGAAACUAAUACCGAAAAUAGCUGAUUUAGUAUGAAGGAAUCCCCCGCACCGAAAAAUAACGAAGCUGAAUUUGACUUCAUGGAGGAAACUUCCAAGAUUAAGUUUGAUAAAUUAGAUCCGAAUGAAGUAUUUGGCUCGUAUAAGAAGCCUCAAGAUGGAGAUCAAGAUCUUCUCAUGCAAGAUGAGGUCAAAAUGAAGGAUGAACUUUCAGGUCUACAAAGUGAUCAAGAUUCGUCCUACAAAGAGAGUAAAAAUUCUAACGAAGAGAAGGAGGAUGAAAUCUGUGAGAUUCUGGAAUUCAUCAAACCAAUAAAGCCUAUUGGAUUAUUGGAUGACCAAUUAGAAGACACUAAUUAUGAAAAUCUGUUCAUAGAGCAAUCGAAGAUAGUCAAUAUUGACAUUAUUGGACUAAGAGCAUAUUUCGGGUAUUACCAAAAAAUACAGACAGUUUACGAAGAUGUUAUGUACCUCCUAAAGUACACCUUAUCUAAUAGGUGCAAGACCCAGUGUUCUAAGUACUACCUCUCGGAGUUGAUCUUCUACUGCCACAAUUUAUUUAAAGAUAAAGAGAGAAUAAAGACCUUCAAAAAGUUGUAUAAGGAAGAUCUGGAUUUUAAGUUUAGCAUCAAUUAUGGCCUUAAAGUUCAAGGUAAAUGGAAUAAAGUAAUUGGAUCCCAAAGACAAUACAUUCCUGUUGACGAAUACAAACCAGUCGUUGAUGAUGUCGACACUCUCAUGAGACUUAAAACUUCCAAGACUAGAGUUUGCCAAGGAGGAUGCUGCGACCAAUUUGAUAAACUAGGACCCCUAACUUAUACUGAAGAGUACUGGGAAUCUAAUUGUCCUUGCAGAAGAGCAAAAGUUGAGUGAGGUGAUCAUUGUGGGUGUUCUAAGACCUCAAACUGUAAAAACAGGCAAAUCAGAGAUAAAGACUACCUUGAGUUGGAUAAAGAUGUUGAGGAGAUCCUUUCUUGGGGUCUAGAUAGAUAUAUCUGCUGCAAUAUCAUCCUCCUACUUCCCUCAAAUUUAGACUUAAAGGUGAAAUACAGUUUUAUAAUGAACUCACUGCAAAAGGCUUUGAUUGACCAAAAUCGAAAUGGAUGGAAUAUCCUGUGUUCUCUCAAAACAAUCAUGAAAGAAGAUAAUUACAGCAAAAUAGACAAGCAGCUUGCAGAGAUCCUCCUUAAAGCACUUGAAGGAAGACAGGAAAUCCAAGAUGAAUUCUUUAGAAUCCAUUGUAAAGGACUAGGAGUCAGGUGCAAAAGAAAGGAAGGAAUUAAAGCAAAUGAGUUCAUCACUGAAUAUUUCGGUGAAUUAUAUCCUUCCUGGAGAUGGUUUGAGAAAGAAGACGUGAUAAAACACGGUCAAAAUAGAAAUAAACUAUCAAAAGAAUUGCCAGAUUUUUAUAAUAUUGUAUUUGAAAGGCAUUCUGAUGAUCCUGAAGGGUAUAAUUCUUUAACCAUCGAUCCAAUCCUCAAGGGGAGCUUUGCAAGUAGACUCAGUCAUUCAUGAUUUCCAAACUGUGCAACUGUUAUUCAUAUUAAUAACGGAACUUAUUCAAUGGGAAUGUUUGCAACAAGAGAUAUAAAGUAUGGCGAAGAACUUUCAUUUGAUUAUAAAUCAGUCACAGAGUCCCAAAAAGAAUAUGAUUCAGCUAUUUGACUGUGAGGAACUUAUCAGUGCAAAGGUUAUUACCUCCAUCAGGCAUUUAGCAAGAAGUUUGGAGUAGUUACUAAAGAACACCAUACUUUUAUUGAUAGAAACUACUUAAUCUAUCUAGCAUCAACCAGCCCGUCCAUCACUGAGCAGGACAGAGAGGUUCUAAAUAGGAACUGAAUUAAGAGCUCAAUUCUGACCCCAGAUGUCCCUGAUUGGUUGACCAAAUGGACCUCUUUAGUCCUCAGAUUCUGUGAAUAUGAGUGUGCUAGCAUUCCAAAAUAUUUGAAGAAAAUGCAUCCUACCUAUACUGAAAAGAUGUGUGAGAUGGAGGCCAAGGACAUCCUUUCCAACAGGAUUGGGAACAUCGCGAUUACGCUUGACAAAGUCAAGUACUGACUGAGCCGGAUGGGAACUAAGGAGCCUCCUCUGAGAAAACUUCGUUAUGAAGAAAUGUACAAAAGACUCUGGCUUGGGGAAACCUGCCUCAAAAACACUCUAUUUAACUUAAUAGAGAGACUUGAAGAGAAUGAUGAAAAGAGAGAAAUUAGUUGAGCCUUCUGGAAAUUAGAGGGUUAUUCCAACGAUGCAGACUUUGCCAGCUCAGAACAAGAGUACCAGGAAAUUUACAGGAAUAUUCAGAAAGGUUUCAGAGAGUUGAGCUUCCUUCUGAGAAAAUUCCAAAGUAAAAAUGUGUUCACUGAAGGUCUUGCUGAUACUCUAUAUCUUUACUCAAAAACAGAGGUCUUCUUCACACCCAAUGAGAACUAUAAGAAGGUACAAGGAGAAGAAGUUAGAGUCAGAAAAUGAGAGGUUACUUGUGAUCCUAGAAACAGGAGAACAACAGCUAAUCCCUUUGAAAGCGAGGAAGAAAGGGUUGUAUUCAGAGGAUGUAAAGAAUACGACCCUACUUACAUAUGGGGGCAGCUUGUCGGAUGGCACAAGCAAACAGUUGACAAGCCGAACGCUUCUCUCUCUGCAGACAGAAGAGGGACCCUCUGCUUCCCAGACCUUGAGAGCUUUGAUUACCAUGUCCUUAACGAGAAAAAGAGAAGGCCAACUUCGAAGAAGAAAAACCACGAUUAUGCUUAUAAUUCAGAGGAUUACUCUGAUGAAGGAGAGAAUAAGAGAAGAAAACGCAAGUCAAACUCCAUCCAGAGAGACCAUUAUAGGUCUAUGUCAAGGCUCCCAAUUGAAGAAUGCAAGGAAGAGUCUAGAUCCAGCUCAAUAAACCCCAGAGAUGAUUCUCCUUCAAAAGUAAGGCAUGAUUUCUCAUAUCCAUGGAAGAAACACAGUGAGAGAAGCGACUUUUUAAGAAGUUGGAAGAACAACUUCUCUAAGCAAUGGGAUGUAGUAGGAAAAUGGAACUUCAGGAACACAAAGAAGAUGUACGGAAGCCUUCAAUUCGAGAGCUUAGUCAGGAACGGGCUCAGUUUUGAAGAUAGCAGACUAUCCUACUUUAGAGAAAUAGUGGACGAACUUAGGUCCUUUAGCCAAGUCCAGAGGCCUCUAAUAGACCAGAUAAAUAUAUCACAGCUUUAAUAACAGUUGUCAAUA